AUGGAUUCAACAACCUUCGGAUCCAUCCUCCGAAGUUCUAUUUUGAAAUCCCUAGACCGGAUUGGAUUGAAUGACAAUGGGUUGACAGGUUCAAUUCCUACUUCCAUUGCAAAUUUAGGCAGUAUGAGAUUUCUGUACCUUUAUGAUAAUCAUCUUUCUGGACCUAUCCCUCAAGAAUUAGGAAAGCUGCAAUCUCUUAUUGAGCUUAACCUGUCAACAAACGAUCUCAGCGGUCCCAUCCCUCCUGCUAUAGGAAAUUUGAGCAACUUAACUCUUUUGUACCUUCAUAAGAACAUGCUUUCUGGAUCAAUUCCUUCCACCAUAGGGAACUUAACCAAGCUCAGAGAGUUGGAACUAUCAAUCAAUCAUUUUUCUGGCCAUAUUAAAUUGGGUGGGAACUCAGAAAUAGUAGAUGAACUAACUAAAAGGUUAGUAGAAUUAGGAUUGGAAGCUAAGGAUUCUAAAAAGAAAACCAUAGCCCCAUUAACUAAAUCUUUAAACAUUCAAGAAGAAUUGGAACAAAGGUUAAAAGCUUUAAGUAUUGCUCCUUUAAGUCAAGGACAAGAAGAAACUGAAACAGAGUCUGUUGAUUCUUCUAAUACAGAAGAACAAAUUAACUCUCUAGAAGUCAUGUUCAAAGAACCCGAACCUCUAGAACAAAUAGUCCACGCAAUUACAUGUGGAUUCACAGGCCAACUUAAAGGUUGGUGGGAUUUUUCCUUAACAGAAGAAGGAAAAAGACAAAUCUAUGAUGCUGUUAAAACAGAACAAUCAGCAACAGCUUCGCUUCUUCAGCGGUCCAUAAAAGGACAAGAAGCAGAAUCUCUUCUCAAAUGGAAAGACAGCCUUGAUGAGCCCACUAAUUGCCUCCUUUGCUCUUGGAAUUUUGUUCCUCGCAAUUCCACUUCUUCUGACCCCAAAACUGACAUCAGUAGUUCCCCUUGCCAGUGGAUUGGGAUCGCUUGUGAUGAGUCUGGAAAUGUCAUAUAUAUAAACGUUUCCUUCAGUGGUUUAAGAGGUACUUUACAAUCCUUUAACUUCUCAUCUUUCCCUAGCCUUGAGCGUCUUGAUCUUUCUCACAACUUUCUCCAUGGAAGCAUUCCUUCCCGCAUCAGUAACCUUUCCAAGCUCAUCUAUCUAGACUUGGCUGUCAAUAAUUUCUCUGGUCCUAUUCCUGCUUCUAUAGAAAACUUGAUUGAACUAAGUCUUCUAGACCUUCAUCAUAAUAAACUUUCGCUUCAAUCCCACAGAAAUUGGGAAGUUGAGGAAAUUGGUAUGUUAACGUCCCUUAAUGUGCUUGCUUUGACAAACAACAGUCUCACAGGUCCUAUUCCGGCAACUGUAGGAAACACGAAAAGAUUAACUUGGCUUUACAUUGCAAACAACAAGCUUAGUGGAUUCAUUCCUAAGGAAUUAGGAUCACUAACCUGUCUUAGUGAGCUUUCUUUGCAUUCUAAUAGUCUUCAAGGUCCAAUCCCUGCUUCUAUAGGAAACUUGAGCAACCUAAAAUUUUUAGACCUUGGUUUCAACAACCUUUCAGGAUCCAUCCCUCCAGAAGUUCUAUUGCUGAAAUCCCUAGACCGGAUUGGAUUGAAUGACAAUGGGUUGACAGGUUCAAUUCCUACUUCCAUUGCAAAUUUAGGCAGUAUGAGAUUUCUGUACCUUUAUGAUAAUCAUCUUUCUGGACCUAUCCCUCAAGAAUUAGGAAAGCUGCAAUCUCUUAUUGAGCUUGACCUGUCAACAAACGAUCUCAGCGGUCCCAUCCCUCCUGCUAUAGGAAAUUUGAGCAACUUAACUCUUCUGUACCUUCAUAAGAACAUGCUUUCUGGAUCAAUUCCUUCCACCAUAGGGAACUUAACCAAGCUUAGAGAGUUGGAACUAUCAAUCAAUCAUUUUUCUGGCCAAAUUCCUCCAGAAGUAGGAAAACUCAAGUACCUUACCGACCUUAGGUUGUUCAUGAACAAUCUUAGUGGCCCAAUCCCUCAAGAAAUAAAUAAUUUUACAUCUUUAAAAUCAUUGCAAUUGGCUGACAAUAUGUUGUCUGGACAUAUACCUCAAAACAUAUGCCUUGGUGGAGUACUUGAAAUUUUUGUCAUAGGUAAUAAUAGUUUUGUGGGUUCCAUACCAAAAAGCUUGAAGAACUGCACAAGCUUAAUCAGAGUUAAGCUUGAAAGAAAUCAACUGGAUGGGCACAUAUCAGAAGAUUUUGGCAUAUACCCAAACUUAAAAUUCAUCGAUCUGAGCUACAAUAAUUUGCAUGGUGAGCUUUCAAACAAUUGGGGGCAUUGUCAUAAUUUAACAUUCUUGAAAUUUUCCAACAAUAGAAUUUCUGGUGGGAUACCACCCGAGGUUGGGAAAGCAAAUCAAUUGCAGGUACUUGACCUCUCCACAAAUUGUCUGGUAGGGAAGAUUCCCAAGGAACUAGGGGAAUUGAAGUUGUUGUUCAAUCUUAAAUUGAACAAUAACAAACUUUCAGGUAAUAUUCCCUCGGAAAUUGGAAUGUUAUCCAAGCUUACUGAUCUUAGCCUUGCGGCAAAUGAUCUCAGAGGACCAAUUCCAGAACUGAAAGACUGCUCAAAACUGCAGUUAUUGAACUUAAGCAAAAACAGGCUCAGUGAAAGUGUUCCAUUUCAAGUGGGCAGGUUCCUCUUUCUUCAAGACCUUGACCUAAGUCACAAUUUGCUUGAAGGAGAGAUACCAUCGGAGCUUGGAUAUUUGCUUGACUUAGAGACGUUAAACCUUUCCCAUAAUGAACUCUCAGGCUCCAUCCCAUCCACUUUCAAUGAAAUGUUGAGCUUAACUAUUGUUGAUAUCUCCUUCAAUCAAUUGGAGGGUCCACUUCCCAACAACAAAGCCUUCAGCUGGGCACCAAUAAUAGCAUUGUCUAAUAAUAAAGGUUUAUGUGGCAACAAUUCUGGUUUUAAAGCUUGCCCUUGUACAAAGAUCAGCGGAAUGUGCAGAAAAGAUGGCAACAAAGCAAUUGUCUUUAUCGCAGUUUCUCUUUCUAGCACCUUAGUCCUCUUAUUUGUCAUUUCUGGAGUUCUUGUUAUUGUUGGCAAAAGAGCCAGGAAAAUAGAUGAAGCCAAAGAAGCAGGAAAUGAAAAUAUAUUUUCAACAUGCAGCUAUGAUGGGAAAAUGGUGCACGAAAAUAUAAUUGCAGCAACGGAGGGAUUCAACUCCAAAUAUUGUAUUGGAGUGGGAGGAUGUGGAACUGUUUACAGAGUGGAGCUUCCAACUGGUCAAGUUGUCGCUGUGAAGAAGCUUCACCAAUUUGAGGGGAGUGAAAUAUCCAAUCUAAAGGCUUUUACAAGUGAAAUUUGUGCAUUAACCAACAUAAAACACCGAAAUAUUGUGAAGCUCCAUGGCUUCUGUUUACAUUCACAACACUCAUAUUUGGUUUAUGAGUUCCUUGGAGGAGGAAGCUUGGGAAAGAUACUUCAGGAGAGGGUAAAAGCCGAGGAGUUGAAAUGGAUCGCGAGACUAAAUAUUGUGAAAGGGGUCGCCAGUGCCUUAUCCUAUAUGCACCAUGACUGCUCACCUCCUAUUGUUCACCGUGACAUAUCAAGCAACAAUAUAUUGAUGGAUUUGGAGCAAGAAGCUUACAUCUCUGACUUUGGUACAGCAAGGUUUUUGAUGCUAGACUCAACCCAUUGGACAUCUUUUGCUGGUACCUUUGGAUAUUUGGCUCCAGAACUUGCCUACAGCAUGGAAGCAAAUGAGAAGGGUGACGUGUAUAGCUUUGGAGUGGUAUCACUGGAAGUGAUCAUGGGAAGGCAUCCAGGGGAUAUAAUUAUGUCUCUAUCAACAUCAACACUGUCAGAUACCUGCCAAAUUCUCCUGAAAGAUAUAUUGGACCAACGCCUUCCACUACCCACAAAUAAAGAAGCAGCAGAAGUAGUUUCUAUUGUGAAAUUAGCAUUUGCUUGUCUCCAUGCCAAUCCAGGGUCUCGGCCAACCAUGCAACAAGUAUCACAAAAACUAUCAGUGAAAGUACGAGCUCUAUGGAAGCCCUUGCGAAUGCUUACUUUAGGAGAGCUUUUGUAA